GUACACACCAGGCCCGAGGCUAGAGAGGUUGUGCCCGCUGCUGCAAGACAGGUAUUAGGAGGACGGAGUGGACUCUGACCUGUCUCGGAUUGCCCUGGAAUCCAUCGUCUCUCGGGGAUAAGAUAUGAUAUUGUGACCAUUGUUUUUAAUGGAAAAUGAUUGAAAGUGAAAAUCUAAACCAAGAAGAAAUAAUUAAAGAACUGUGUUUGUGCAAUGGUUUAUCUUACGAGAUGGUUGUACAAGAAGGAUCAAACACUUCAAAACUGGAGAUGUUUUUCUCAGGGUAUCCUCGUAUAGUUGGAUUGUCAUUAUUUCCUAACUUAAUAAGUCUUACAAUUGUUGCUCAAGAUAUAAAAGAAAUUUCAGGGUUAAAGACUUGUUUACAACUUAAAGAACUUUGGAUUGCUGAGUGCUGCAUAGAGGGCUUGCAAACUUUGAAGAAUUUAAAUGAUCUCAACCUUGCUGGAAAUCUAAUAAGCAGCAUUGGCCGAUGUCUUGACCCUAAUGAACAACUGGAAAGAUUAAACCUUUCUGGUAACCAAAUAUGUUCUUUCAAGGACCUCACUAACUUAACCAGGCUGCGUUGUUUAAAGGAUCUAUGUCUGAAUGAUCCUCAAUAUAAAACCAAUCCAGUUUGUCUGCUGUGCAAUUAUUCCACACAUGUAUUGUAUCACCUGCCUUGCCUUCAAAGACUAGACACAUUUGAUGUGUCAGCAAAGCAAAUCAAGGAACUGGCAGAUAUCACAGCAAUGAAAAAAAUAAUGUAUUAUAAUAUGCGUAUAAAAACUGUUCAAAGGCAUCUUAAUGAAGACCUUGAAAGACUGAAUGAUCGAAAAUGCAAAUUACAAAAAUUGCCAGAAGAACGAAUAAAAUUACUCAGCUUUGCGAAAAAAAGUUUGGAACGGGAACUGGCUGAACUAAAGGGAUCUGGCAAAGGGCACAGUGCUAGAUCCAAUAACAAUAAAGUAACUGAGCUUGAAAAAUCAAAGAAUUAUGAAACUGUCACAGAAGAACCAAGUCUUCAACAGAAGAUAACGACCAAACUAAAUGUCUUGAAUGAAAGGGUAGCAUUCUGGAACAAAAAAUUAGAUGAAAUUGAAGCAAUUUAUCACAUUGAAGUAAAGCAAAAGAAGAAAACUCAUGGCUUAUUGAUCCCAUUUUUAUUAAUUGAGUUGGAGACUGUGGGGAAUAUCCAUUUUGAAGAAGGCACUCGAUCUGACGACUGGUUUAAUUCCUGCUAUGAAUUAAUUCUGUCACGUUUUUGUACAUGGGACUUCAGAACAUAUGGUAUUACAGGAAUAAAAGUAAAACGUGUCAUUAAAGUUAACAACCGCAUUCUGAGACUAAAAUUUGAAGAGAAAUUUCAAAAGUUUUUGGACAAUGAAGAUAUGCAUGAUCCGGAGAGCUAUCGAAAGAUGCUAGAAUGCCUUUUUUAUGUUUUUGAUCCUGAAGUUACAGUGAAGAAAAAGCAUCUGCUACAAAUACUUGAAAAAGGUUUCAAAGAGAGUCAAACAAGCAAGCUGCCUCUCAGAAAAGAAGCUGUUAUUCUUGCUAACAGCCUAAGUAUGUGUGAGUGUCCCAGAAUUGAAUUUCUACAGCAAAAGUACAAGGAUGAGAAGAAAAAUUCUCUUGAGCAUGAGCUCUUCAGACAUGGCAUCCUCCUCAUUACAAAGGUUUUCCUUGGCCAGAGUGUUCAGGCUCAUGAGCAAGAAUCCAUCAAUCAAGCCAACUAUCCAAUGGUUAAUUCAGUGUUCAUUCCUCAGAAAUAUUUACUAAAUUCUAUCAUAGGACAAAGAAACUGUGAUUGCAGCGUUCGGCAGUGCAAGUGGUUUGUCUUUGAUCAUGAGCUUGUUUUGCCAGAAUAUGUCGUUGAAUUUGAGUAUAUUACAGUGGUCAAGGCUCACUCUUUAUUUUCUUCAUUCAACAAUGUUAUUCUAGAAGAAAGCAAAAAAAAUUCAGAAGGAGCAGUAUUGUCCCAGGAUUUGAAAUUUGAUGAUGAAGUUAUAAAAAUGCAGCCCAGGAUCAAGCCCCGACCAAAACUUACUAGUUUGGAUGAUAAAACAAUUCUUUCCCUUGCCAAGACUAGCAUUUUCAGUCAUAUUGUGUAUAACCUUGAAUACUUGGAUGCAAGCCAUAACCAUGUGAUAACCCUUGAGGGAUUUAGAGGUCUGAUGAAACUAAGGCACUUAGACUUGAGCUGGAAUCAACUGAAAAAAUCUGGCGAUGAAAUAAAUAUGUUAUGCAAACACACAGCAACCCUUCUCACUCUUGAUAUUCAACAUAAUCCAUGGCAAAAGCCAGACACAUUGAGGCUAAGUGUUAUUGGCAGAUUAAAGACUCUUACACAUUUAGAUGGAGUCCUCAUUUCUGAAGAAGAAGCAACAGAAGCGAUGAAAUUUAUUACUGGAACAAGGAUUACUCAGUUAUCUCUCUUACGGCAUUCCAGUACUAAAGAAGAGAGACCACGGAUACUUAGUGUAUGGCCUUCUGCCAAAAUUCUGACACAGAUUUCAAAGUUAGGACCACAUUUACAUCUGAGUGGAAACUGGUACUUGAAGAUAACUGCCUUACAUUUAGAUGGACAGCAUCUCUUUGAAAUCACAAAUUUAGAAAAAUUGAAAAAUUUGAAAUGGGCAUCAUUCAGCAACAAUAACCUCACUAAAAUGGAAGGCUUGGAAUUCUGUGUUAAUUUGGAAGAACUCACAUUAGAUGGAAACUGUAUCUCAAAGAUAGAAGGUAUUUCCAAGCUCACUAAAUUAACCCGGCUCAGCAUAAAUAAUAAUCUUCUCACUGGUUUGGAAAAGCAUACUUUUGAUAACAUGCUUCAUCUUCACUCCCUUUCUCUUGAGAACAACAGAAUCACAUCAUUGAGUGGUUUACAAAAAACGUUUACUCUAGUCGAAUUAUACAUAAGCAAUAACUAUGUUGCUGUCAAUCAGGAGAUCUAUAAUUUAAAGGGUUUAUGCAACUUGGUCAUUCUAGACAUGUAUGGAAACAUUGUUGUAUGGAAUCAAGAAAACUACCGGUUGUUUGUAAUAUUUCAUCUUCCAGAACUGAAAGCUUUGGAUGGAAUCUCAAUUGAACCACCAGAGACUGAGAAUGCAAAAGAUUUGUUUGGUGGCAGACUAACUUCUGACAUGAUUGCAGAACGACAAGGACAUUCCACUUUCACCGAAAUGCAAGAACUAAAUUGGACUUCAUCAUCUAUCAGAACUGUGGAUUUGAUUCCAGUUGAUCAGUUUAGAAAUGUGUGUAAUGUGAAUCUACAGAACAAUAAUCUUACCUCAUUUAGUGGAUUAAUCUAUCUGCCUAAUGUGAAGGUCUUAUGCCUCAACUAUAAUCAUAUUGAAUCAAUCAUGCCCAGAGUAAAACCUCAGAUGCAUUUAACCAACAGACAACUACUCUACCAGAAAGUGGCUUCAAGUGGCUAUGGACAGCAAGGAACUUCAAAAACAAACAGAGAUACAAUGUGCAGUGAAAAUUUGCCUCCAAUAAUGCACAGUUUAGAAGUUCUUCAUUUGGGCUACAAUGGAAUUUGUAAUUUAAUCCAGCUACAACUUAACAGGCUGACAAAUUUAAAAUUCCUCUUUCUACAGGGGAAUGAAAUCAGUCAAAUUGAAGGGCUUGACAACUUAGUAGUCCUUCAGGAAUUGGUAGUGGACCAUAACCGCAUCAGAGCAUUUAAUGACAGUGCUUUUGCCAAACCAAGUUCUUUGUUGGCACUUCACCUGGAGGAAAACAGACUACGAGAGCUGAGCAAAUUACAACCUUUGGUAAAACUAGAGAAACUCUUCCUAGGAUAUAAUAAAAUCCAGGAUAUCACAGAAUUGGAAAAACUUGAUGUUAUCUCUUCUCUCAGGGAACUUACAGUUUAUGGCAAUCCAAUUUGUAGGAAAAUGGUACAUCGCCAUGUGCUCAUAUUUCGACUGCCUAACUUACAGAUGUUAGAUGGAAUUCCUGUGAAUUCAGAUGAUAGGGCAAAAGCUGAAUUUCACUUCUCUGAACUACAAGCAAAGAAAAACUCGAUGAUCUUAGUAUCUAUUUAG